GGGAGAAAGGAAAGAGACGCACCAGCCGCUUACACCGGGAGAAGAGACCUGAGUGUACCAAGCAGAGAGGAGAUGAUACACGUCUCCUCUGGUUUCUGACAACGAGGGAUUUUCACGUUACCAUUUCCUCGUCCGACUUCUAAAGACAACUAAAGGAGGACUGUCUCAACAUAACGAGCAAGCUCCAGUUUGGCUUGUUUGGUAAGGAGAUGAGAAGGAAUAACUGAUGGUGCUGCUCAUGUGAAAAAAAGAAGUCAAAUAAAUGAGAGAGUGAUGAGAGAGUCAUUAAUUUCUCUUCUUUCAGGGGGGGUAAAGAUGCAACAUUUUCCUCGCCGCUGUUUGUGAGAGGAGGAAAGAAGGAGAAGAGGAGGAAAAGAAGAGGAAGGUUUGACAGACGCACGAGUCAAGAGACGGAGGAGGACGAGAGGGUUAUCCGGCCAUAGAAGAAUUUAAAAACCUCUUCUUCUUUUUUUCUUUUCUUUUUUUUCUUUUAGAUAGCAGGGGGAGACAGAAACAGAGCAGAGGGGAUUUUUCUAAGAGACACGCGUGAAACCAAGGAGAGGAGACGCAGACUGAAGCCUACAAAACGGCACAGGAGGAGAGAGGCAUAUAAGGAGGGAAAACGCCAGAAAAAAAGCUUGCAUAGAAAGAGGGAUAUGUCAGAAUGAAGAGGGGAUGCAGCCCGGAGGAAGUGUGGAUUUGAAGCUCUCCCUCCCUCUCUAUCACUCUUUUGCAAGGGAACGGGACGGAAUAGAGAGAUAUUGACGACAAGCACCGCUAAAGCCCAGCGGAGAGUGGAUUUAAAGACAGAGAGACAACCUGUGUACCCGUCCCUUCACCCCUCUCUGCUUUUCUCUCUCUGGAUGGUGACUGAAUUCAUUUUUCGGAUAUGAAGGAUUUAUCUAGUCUAUGUUAGAAGGAGGAGGCAAAGAAAACGCACGCGUCUCCCCCUUUUCUCUCUCUCUCUCUCUCUCUCCCCCCUCUCUCUCUUUCUCUCUCUCUCUCUCUCUCUCUCUCUCUCUCUCUCCCUCUCUCUCUCCCUCCGUUUUCUGGAUGUGAAGCAGCAUGCGGCCCGGUGAGAGCUUAGAGGGCUCGCGCUCGGCUCGCGGAAGAUGUAUUGAUGCUAAUAAUAUUACUGAUAGCGGCACGGAACGCUGUCUUGCGCACCCCUCGUCGGCAAAGAGGAGGAUGAAGAGGGGGACGACGAAGAGGAGGAUGAGAGGGAUGAACGAGAGGAUGACGGACGGAGGAAUGACGGUGAUGCGCUGUUUUCUGUGGAGUCUCGUUCUCUGCUCGCUCUCCUCGCGCGCGCAAGGCUUUAUCUACACAUGUGGCGGCACACUGAAAGGCCGAAAUGGCAGUAUAGAAUCUCCAGGUUUUCCCUAUGGCUAUCCCAACGGGGCAAACUGCACCUGGGUCAUUGUCGGGGAGGAAGGAAGUAGAAUCCAGCUCAUCUUCCUGUCAUUUGCCAUAGAAGAAGAAUACGACUUCCUGUCCUUGUAUGACGGACAUCCCCACCCUGCUAACUUCAGGACCAGGCUAACAGGUUUCCAGGUUCCUCCUCCGGUCACCAGUACAGGAAACGUCUUCUCUCUGAGGUUGACCAGUGACUUUGCUGUCUCUGCACAUGGCUUCAAACUCAACUAUGAAGAGCUUCACAGCACAUCUUGUGGAAACCCUGGUGUCCCACCCAAAGCAGUGCUAAGUGGUGGAGGCCGUUUUGCUGUGGGAGACCGUGUGCGGUACAGCUGUGUUCCUGGUUACGUCUUAGAUGGCCAUGCCACACUCACCUGCAUCACCAAUGCUGGAAACACCGCCGUCUGGGACUUUCCUGCUCCAAUUUGUCGAGCUGAGGACACAUGUGGGGGCACUGUGAGGGGCGGCAGUGGGGUGGUGACCAGUCCCGGUUACCCCGGCAACUAUGGUAACCAGGCCGACUGUACUUGGAUCCUAUUGGCCGAACCUGGAGACACCAUCUCUGUCAUCUUUACAGACUUCCAGACAGAGGAGAAGUAUGACUACCUGGAAGUGGAGGGAUCUGAACCACCAACCAUUUGGUUGUCGGGCAGUAAUGUUCCCUCACCCAUUGUUAGCAACAAGAACUGGCUGCGACUACAUUUUGUGACUGAUGGCAACCACCGUUACCGUGGUUUCAGCGCACAUUAUCAAGUGAAGCGAUCAGUAGAUUUUAAAUCGCGGGGCGUUAAAUUAUUCCCUGGCAAAGACUCCAGCAACAAGUUUUCAAUAAUAAAUGAAGGUGGUGUGAGACAGGCGUCCAACUCCUGCCCUGACCCGGGAGAGCCAGAGAAUGGGAAACGCCAUGGCAAUGACUUCAGCAUUGGCAGUGUGGUGCAGUUCAGUUGUGGGGAAGACUAUGUCCUUCAGGGCAGUAAAACCAUCAGCUGCCAGAGAGUGGCUGAAGUCUUUGCAGCCUGGAGUGACCAUCGGCCAGUCUGUAAAGUGAAGACAUGUGGCAGUAAUCUUCAAGGUCCGUCAGGAACCUUUACAUCUCCUAACUUCCCAAUUCAAUAUGAGAGCAAUGCCCAGUGUGUGUGGAUAAUUACUGCCUCAAAUCCCAAUAAGGUAAUCCAGAUCAACUUUGAAGAGUUUGACCUGGAGAUAGCCUAUGAUACUUUGACUAUAGGAGAUGGAGGGGAGGUGGGAGAUCCUACAACUAUACUGCAAGUCCUAUCAGGUAGCUUUGUUCCCGACCUGAUAGUCAGCAUGACCCACCAGAUGUGGCUCCAUCUACAGUCAGAUGAGAGUGUGGGAUCUAUAGGAUUUAAGAUCAACUAUAAAGAAAUAGACAAAGAGAGCUGUGGUGACCCUGGGACUCCUCUCUAUGGAGUAAGAGAAGGAGACAGUUUUUCAAAUGGAGGAAUCCUGAGAUUUGAGUGCCAGUUUGGCUUCGAGCUGAUUGGAGAGAAAACAAUCUCCUGCCAAGACAACAAUCAGUGGUCUGCAAACAUCCCCAUAUGUAUUUUCCCCUGCAUGUCCAACUUCACAGCUCCCUCAGGAACUGUCCUCUCCCCAGAUUACCCAGAAGGCUAUGGGAACAACAUGAACUGUGUCUGGCUCAUCCAAUCAGAUCCGGGCUCCAGAAUCCACUUGGCAUUUAAUGACUUUGACCUGGAGGCACCCUAUGAUUCCUUAACUGUGAAAGAUGGCGAGACGAACGACGCCGUCGUCAUUGGCAGGUUCUCUGGAGCUGAGAGUCCUUCCCAUCUGACGUCCAACACCAACACACUGCGGCUGGAGUUUCAGGCUGAUCACUCCAUGUCAGGAAGAGGAUUUAAUAUUACUUACAGUACAUUUGGCCAUAAUGAGUGUCCAGACCCUGGCAUUCCUAUCAACGCUCGCCGCUUUGGAGACAGUUUCCAGCUUGGCAGCUCCAUCUCUGUGGUCUGUGAGGAUGGUUUUAUCAAAACCCAAGGAACCGAGACCAUCUCCUGUCAGCUAGAAAAAGGAAAAGUCAUGUGGAGUGGGCCCAUCCCUAAAUGUGAAGCCCCUUGUGGAGGCCACUAUUCAGCCCCAAGUGGAGUGAUUUUGUCUCCUGGGUGGCCUGGUUACUAUAAAGACUCCCUCAGCUGUGAGUGGGUGAUUGAAUCAGAACCUGGACGCUCCAUCAAAAUCACAUUUGACAGGUUCCAGACAGAGCUGGGUUAUGACUUCCUGGAGAUCCAUGAUGGGCCAAACCUCCUGUCCCCUCUGGUUGGCUCCUUUAAUGGCACCCAGGUGCCCCAGUUUCUGUUCAGCAGCAGCAACUUUCUUUAUCUACUGUUUACCACCGAUAACAGCCGAUCAAACGCCGGCUUCAAAAUAUUAUAUGAAAGUGUUACGGUGGAUAGCUACUCAUGUCUGGACCCUGGUAUUCCUGUCAAUGGUAUUCGAUAUGGACAGGAUUUCUCCAUUGGGUCCACAGUGUCAUUCGGUUGUGAUUCUGGCUACAGACUCAGCCAUGAAGAGCCGCUAGUAUGCGAGAAGAACCACUGGUGGAGUCACCCUUUGCCUACAUGUGACGCUCUAUGUGGCGGAGAUGUUAGAGGUCCCUGGGGAACCAUCCUUAGUCCCGGCUAUCCAGACAGCUACCCUUCAUCUCUCAACUGUACCUGGACUGUUGAAGUCAGCCACGGGAAAGGAGUCCAGUUUCAGUUCAGUUCUUUUCAUCUGGAGGACCAACACGAUUACCUCUUGGUUACUGAGAACGGGAGUUUCCUGCAACCACUGGCUCGCCUGACUGGCAACGAGUUGCCUAGCAACAUUAAUGCUGGUCUCUAUGGCAACUUCAAAGCCCAGCUACGAUUCAUCUCUGACUUUUCCAUUUCAUAUGAGGGCUUCAACAUAACUUUCUCUGAAUAUACUUUGGAGCCAUGUGAGGAUCCUGGAAAGCCUCAGUUCGGCAGGAGAAACGGCUACAGUUUUGGUGUUGGUGACACCUUGUCUUUUUCCUGCAACAUGGGUUACCGCCUGGAGGGGGCACCAGAGUUAAUCUGUCUGGGAGGUGGGCGGAGAAUGUGGAGCUCCCCUCUGCCAAGAUGUGUCGCGGAGUGUGGUUCUUCAGUUAUAAACAAUGAAGGGAUCCUUCUCUCUCCAAACUACCCGAUGAACUACGACAACAACCAUGAGUGCAUCUAUAGCAUCCAGGUGCAGGCUGGGAAAGGCAUCAACAUCUCUGCAAGAACCUUUCAUCUCGCCCAAGGGGACAUACUCAAGAUUUAUGAUGGCAAAGACAACACAGCCCAAGUUCUUGGAGCAUUCACAGGAUCAUCUAUGUUGGGACUGACACUGAUUUCCACUUCAAACCAUCUCUGGCUAGAAUUUUACAGUGAUGCAGAGAGUACAGGAGAAGGAUUCAAACUGGUGUAUUCAAGUUUUGAGUUGUCUCAUUGUGAGGACCCAGGCGUGCCUCAGUUUGGCUUCAAGGUCAAUGACCAAGGUCAUUUCUCUGGGAGCAGCAUCACAUACAGAUGUGAGCCCGGAUACACUCUGCAUGGGGCUUCCACACUGAAGUGCAUGACAGGAGAAAGGAGAGCCUGGGAUAACCCUCUGCCUUCUUGUAUUGCGGAGUGUGGAGGUCGUUUUAAGGGUGAGUCUUCAGGGAGGAUUCUUUCUCCUGGAUACCCAUUUCCCUAUGACAAUAACCUACGAUGCACCUGGACCAUUGAGGUGGACUCGGGCAAUAUUGUGAGUCUUCAGUUCUUAGCCUUUGACACAGAAGCCAGCCACGACAUGCUGAAGGUCUGGGACGGACCACCUGAAAAUGAAAUGUCUUUGGCAGAGCUCAGCGGCUCUCUGCUACCUGAGGGAAUUCACUCAACACUGAACACAGUCACUGUUCAGUUUGAGACUGAUUUUUACAUCAGCAAGUCGGGGUUCGCCAUUCAGUUCUCCAGCUCGGUGGCUACAGCCUGCAGGGACCCAGGUGUACCAAUGAAUGGUAGCAGAAGUGGAGAUGGCCGUGAGCCGGGGGAUUCAGUGUCCUUUCAGUGUGACCCAGGAUACGAGCUCCAGGGAGACGACAAAAUCACCUGUAUACAAGUGGAUAACAGAUACUACUGGCAGCCCAGCCCGCCUGUCUGCAUAGCUCCUUGUGGAGGAAACCUAACAGGUUCCAGUGGAUUUAUUCUCUCUCCUAACUACCCACAUCCCUACCCUCACUCCAAGGACUGUGAUUGGCUAAUUGCUGUCAACUCUGACUAUGUCUUGUCACUGGCCUUCAUCAGUUUCAACAUUGAGCCAAACUAUGACUUCCUGUAUAUCUAUGAUGGUCCAGAUAGCAACAGUCCUCUGAUUGGUAGCUUCCAGGACAGCAAACUCCCAGAGAGGAUUGAAAGCAGUUCAAAUACCAUGCAUUUAGCAUUCCGCAGUGAUGGGUCUGUUUCUUACACUGGCUUCCACCUGGAAUACAAAGCCAAACUGAGGGAAUCGUGUUUUGACCCAGGUGUGGUCCUGAAUGGGACCAGGCUGGGAUCUGAUUAUAAGCUGGGCUCUACUGUCACCUUCUACUGUGAAGCAGGAUAUGUUUUGCAGGGCUAUUCUACCCUAACAUGCAGUAUGGGAGAUGAUGGCAGACCUGGAUGGAACAGGGCAUUGCCUAGCUGUCAAGCACCCUGUGGAAGUCGUUCUACAGGAUCAGAAGGGACUGUUUUAUCACCAAAUUUCCCCAGAAACUACACCUCUGGUCAGACGUGUGUCUACUCUAUAUCUGUACCCAGAGAGUUUGUCCUCUUUGGUCAGUUUGUGUUGUUCCAGACAUCUUUAAAUGAUGUGGUUGAGAUCUACGAUGGACCCACACAGCAAAACACACUCUUGUCUUCUCUUUCUGGGUCCCACUCUGGUGAGUCUCUCCCUCUGAGUUCAGGAAACCAGAUCACCAUAAAGUUCACCACAGUCGGACCAGAAACCGCUAAAGGAUUCCACUUCGUCUACCAAGCUGUACCAAGGACUAGCUCCACCCAGUGCAGUUCAGUCCCCGAGCCACGUUUUGGGAAACGUCUCGGUAAUGACUUUGCAGUUGGCUCCUUGGUGCAGUUUGAGUGCAACCCUGGUUACGUCCUGCACGGCUCUACUGCCAUACGGUGUGAGAGUGUCCCAGACAACCUGGCACAAUGGAAUGACACCCUGCCGACAUGUAUAGUUCCCUGUGGGGGUGUGUUGACCUCUCGCCGUGGGACAAUCCUGUCACCUGGCUAUCCAGAGCCAUACGACAACAACCAGAACUGUGUGUGGAAGGUCUCUGUUCCAGAAGGGGCGGGAAUACAGAUACAAGUUGUGAGUUUUGCCACUGAGCAUAACUGGGACUCUUUGGAUUUUUACGAUGGUGCUGACAACCAUGCACCAAGACUCGGCAGUUACUCUGGCACCACCAUCCCCCAGCUCCUGAACAGUACAUCUAACAACCUCUAUCUCAGCUUUAGCUCUGAUAUUAGUGUCUCAGCUGCUGGUUUUCACCUGGAAUAUACAGCUAUUGGUCUGGAGUCAUGUCCAGAGCCUCAGACUCCAAACUAUGGAAUUAGACAAGGAGACAGAUUUAUGGUCGGAGAUGUUGUGCAGUUUUCAUGUGAACAAGGAUACUCUCUUCAGGGCAAUGCACACAUCACAUGCAUGCCUGGACCUGUUAGAAGAUGGAACUACCCCGUACCACUAUGUCUUGCUCAGUGUGGUGGGUCUAUGACAGAUGUAAGUGGAGUGAUUCUAAGUCCUGGUUACCCUGGCAACUACCCCAGUGGAUUAGACUGCACAUGGACAGUCAACUUACCUGUCGGGUUCGGCAUCCAUCUCCAGUUCCUGAACUUCUCCACUGAAGCGAUCCAUGAUUACUUAGAGAUCCGCAGUGGAACGCUGGAAACCGGCUCCGUCAUUGAUCGGUUCAGCGGUCCAGUUAUCCCCAAGCCUCUGUUCAGCACCACCCACCAGACCAGCUUUUUCUUCCACAGUGACUAUUCACAAAACAAACCAGGCUUCCACAUAACAUAUCAAGCCUACCAGCUACAGAGUUGUCCAGACCCUCGACCAUUUCGAAACGGCAUCGUCAUUGGCACAGAUUUCAGUGUUGGGAUGACGGUGUCAUUUGAAUGUCUGCCUGGGUAUUCUCUGAUCGGAGAGGCUUCACUCACAUGUUUACAUGGAAUCAGCAGAAACUGGAAUCACCCGUUGCCACGAUGUGAAGCUCUGUGUGGUGGCAACAUUACAUCGUUAAAUGGAACCAUUUACUCUCCUGGUCACCCUGAGGAAUACCCCAACUUCCAGGACUGUGUGUGGAGUGUGAGAGUUCCUCCUGGACAUGGCAUUUACAUCAACUUUACUGUACUGAGCACUGAGCCCAUAUAUGACUACAUUACUGUCUGGGAUGGUCCAGACCAAUCGUCUCCUCAGAUUGGCCAGUUUAGUGGGAACACAGCUUUGGAGUCUGUCUACUCGACCUCCAACAUCAUCCUCAUCAAAUUCCACUCUGACUUCUCUGGAGCUGGCUUCUUUGUCUUAAGCUACCAUGCCUACCAAUUAAGGGUUUGUCAGCCUCCUCCAGAAGUGCCCAAUGCUGACAUACUGAUGGAGGACGGAGAGCUGGAGAUAGGUGACAUCAUCAGGUACAGAUGUCAUCCUGGAUUCUCAUUGGUCGGCAGUGAAAUUCUAACCUGUCGCCUAGGAGAAAGACUACAGAUGGAUGCACCACCUCCAACAUGCCAAGUACAAUGCCCUGCACAUGAUGUGCGAUACGACUCAUCAGGUGUCAUCCUGAGUCCAGGUUGGCCAGAAAGUUACCCUAACCUCCAAAUGUGUUCAUGGAGUGUUACAGUGGAGAAAGGAUACAACGUCACCAUUACCUUUGAAAGUUUCCACACUGAGAGAGAGUUCGACGUCUUGGAGAUAUUUGAUGGUCCUACAGCUAACAGUCCCACUCUGGCGACGCUGAGUGGCGACCUGCCAACACCCUUUAACCUCACCACCUCUGGCCACCAGUUCCUGGUCCGCUGGUCUUCAGACCACGGCACAAACAAGAAAGGCUUCAAAAUUCGCUAUGUUGCCCUGUACUGCUCCACCCCAGACUCUCCUCUUCAUGGCUCCAUCUCCUCUCAGAGUGGUGGCCAUGUCAACAGCGUGGUGCGAUGGGCUUGUGACCGUGGUUACCGUCUCAUUGGCAAUGCCACAGCAACCUGCCGCCGCACACCACUCGGCUACCAUGCGUGGGAUUCUCCUGUACCUGCGUGUCAAGCUGUCUCAUGUGGGGCACCCAAGGCUCCUAUAAACGGCGGCGUCUUAACAGCUGACUACUCUGUCGGAACAAGAGUUUCCUAUUUUUGUAACGAUGGGUACAGACUCUCCAGUAAAGAACUGACAACGGCCAUCUGUCAGCCUGAUGGAACAUGGAGCAACCACAAUAAGAUACCACGGUGUUCUGUGGUUGUAUGUCCCAGCAUCGGGUCAUUUUCCUUAGAGCACGGCCGCUGGAGGAUUGUCAACGGCUCACACUACGAGUACAGAACUCGCAUCGUGUUCACCUGUGAUCCAGGAUACUACAGAUUAGGCCCCGCCCAUAUCCAGUGCUUACCCAAUGGUGUGUGGAGCUGGAGAAAUGAGAGACCGCACUGCCAGGUUAUCUCCUGCGGUGAGCUGCCAUCUCCACCCAAUGGGAAGAAGAUUGGUACUCAGACAACAUUUGGUGCUACAGCCAUCUUUACCUGCGAUGCUGGAUUCAUGCUGGUGGGGUCAGCUGUCAGAGAGUGCCUGUCAUCUGGGCUUUGGAGUGGAACAGAAACACGAUGUCUAGCUGGUCACUGUGGAAUCCCAGAGGGCAUUGUGAAUGGCCAGGUGAUCGGGGAGAACUUUGGUUACCGUGAUACGGUCGUGUAUCAGUGUCUUCCUGGCUUUCGACUAAUAGGCUCAUCGGUUCGAAUCUGUCUCCAAGACAACCAGUGGUCUGGACAGCUGCCUGUCUGCAUACCGAUCAGCUGUGGCCAUCCAGGAAGUCCCAUAUAUGGUCGUACGGUGGGAAACGGCUUCAACCUCAACGAUGUGGUCAGCUUUGUUUGUAAUCGGGGUUAUGAAAUGGAGGGGCCUGCACGUGCUCAGUGCCAGGCCAACCGCCAAUGGAGCCACCCGCCCCCAACGUGUAAAGUGGUCAAUUGCUCUGAUCCAGGCAUCCCGGCCAACUCCAUUCGGCAGAGUAAAAUAGAGCAUGGCAACUUCACCUUUGGCACUGUGGUUUUCUACGACUGUAACCCUGGGUAUUACCUGUUUGGGUCACCUGUACUUACCUGUCAACCCACUGGACAAUGGGACAAACCCCUUCCUGAAUGUAUAGUUGUAGACUGUGGUCAUCCCGGCUCUCCCCCUAACGGUGUGCUGAGCGGAGAUAAGUUUACAUUUGGUUCAACGGUUCGAUACUCCUGUCUGGGUGGAAGACAGCUGAAAGGAGAAUCAUCCAGGACUUGUCAGCUCAAUGGGAUGUGGAGUGCCCCUAUGCCCUUCUGCUCUGGCGACACGGCUGGUUCCUGUGGCGAUCCUGGCAUUCCCUCCCAUGGUUCGAGGGAACAGACGGAUUUCAGGAUCCGCUCCAAGGUUUUCUUCAGCUGCUCAGAGGGCUAUGAUCUGAUUGGUUCUUCAGAGAGGAUGUGCUUCCCUAAUGGGACCUGGUCCGGCACGCAGCCCUUCUGUAAACCUGUCCAGUGUGGCAACCCUGGCACUCCCAGUAAUGGCAGAGUAUUUCGUUUGGAUGGAACAACAUAUUCUCAUUCUGUCAUCUACUCCUGCAUGGAUGGCUACCUGCUCACUGGCGCCACCACCAGGCUUUGUCAGGCCAACGGUACAUGGUCGGGAGUGCAACCCAACUGUACCAUGAUAAACUGUGGGGAUCCGGGUGUGCCAGCUAACGGCCUUCGCUAUGGAGAAGACUUCACCAUUGGUCAGAAUGUUUCCUUCCAGUGCCAGCCAGGAUACAGAAUGGAAGAGGAUGGAUCACCUGUGAGGACAUGCACCCAAAAUGGGACAUGGAGUGGGAAUAUGCCCAUAUGCACAGCGGUGACCUGUCCGGCUCCCCCUGCCAUCAGUAAUGGGGUACUGCAGGGCAGUGACUUUGAAUGGGGCAGCAGUGUGAGUUACAGUUGCUCACCUGGAUAUGAGCUCUCAUUCCCAGCCGUCCUGACCUGCGUGGCCAAUGGCACCUGGAGUGGCAUGCUGCCACAGUGCUUACCCAAGUUUUGUGGUGACCCAGGUACCCCAGUCGGUGGUUUCAGAGAGGGACGAAGUUUCAUCUAUCAAUCGGAAGUGUCCUUCAGCUGUGCUCCGCCUCUCAUUCUGGUCGGCACAGCAACCAGACUUUGUGAAAGUGACGGUACCUGGAGUGGGACACAGCCACGCUGUAUCGAACCGACCAAAACCAGCUGUGAUAAUCCAGGAACACCACGCUCUGGCUCCUUAAACCGGACUUAUGGUUUCAAGGUGGGAAGUGUGGUGUCAUUUCAGUGCCAGCCAGCUCAUUUGAUUCAGGGCUCUUCAUCUAGAACCUGCCAGCCUGAUCUGACAUGGAGCGGGACACAACCUGAGUGCAUACCCCAUGCCUGUAAGCAGCCAGAGAGCCCGCUCCAUGUGGACGUGGUGGGGAUGGAUCUGCCUGGUUUUGGCUACACCUUGGUGUACAGCUGUCAGCAUGGCUACUUCCUGGCGGGGGGUUCCGAACACAGAGUCUGCAAGAGUGACGGCACGUGGACUGGAAAGAUGCCUAUAUGUCGAGCUGGAGAGAAGAAGAAACCUGUGAAACCAGCAACAGGAACCCCCAGCCCAAAACUAAACGUUCCAGAUGAUGUCUUUGCUCCUAACUACAUAUGGAAGGGUUCAUAUAAUUACCGGGGAAGGAAGCAGCCUAUGACACUGAGCAUCACCAGCUUCAACUCCACAACAGGGAGAGUCAACGUUACCCUUAGCAACGGCAACAUGGAACUGCUCCUAUCAGGAGUGUAUAAGGCGUCUGAGGCCAGGCUGUUACUGCUGAUGUACCAGGUGAACUAUGUGAACCAGGGAAACCAGCUGAAAGAUUCAGCCAUCUCUCCAGCCAAAAUCAUAGAUGACUCCUGGACCAUGGAUGGAUUUGUAUCAGCAGAGCCUGAUGGUUCUAGUUAUGUAUUCCAGGGUUUCAUUCAGGGAAAAGACUAUGGACAGUUUGGACUGCAAAGACUAGGUCUGAAUAUGUCAGAGAGUCAGAACUCGCCACCCCCUCAGCUUGGUACCAACAGCAGUUCUGUGGCUAUCGCUAUUCUGGUGCCUUUCUUCGCUCUGAUCUUCACUGGCUUUGGCUUCUAUCUCUACAAACAAAGAACUACACCAAAAACACAGUACACAGGCUGCUCAGUCCAUGAAAACAACAAUGGCCAGGCUGCCUUUGAGAACCCCAUGUACAACACCAACGCCAAGGCCGUGGAGGGGAAGGCUGUUAGAUUCGAUCCAAAUCUAAAUACUGUCUGCACCAUGGUCUGAGGAUUGAUUAUCCUCACUUGAACUUAAUGACUCAGAUAUCUAAUGGGACCACAAUUGGUACAAGGCUGUGGAGAGGAAAGCCGUAUGCUUCGACUCAGACCUUGACGUCGUCAGCAACAUGGUCUAUACAUUGAUUACAAAAGACCCCCAUUCCUAGUUCGGACAUCUUAUCUUCCCAAGCAGAGGAAAAACUGUCCACUUGAAACCAAAACUCAGUGUUGGUUCCUUUCACUAAAAGCAUUUUCUAUCCGCAAAUGAAAUUUAAACACAAAAAAUGUCUCCUACCUUUGACAGAUGGAACACAGCCAGUGUUAACUCACAGUGAGAUGUGACAUCAAGUGAAAGAGGAGGAUAAGCGGAUGCAACCCAACAGAAAAGCUAUUCUGGCUAUUAUCCUUCUCUAACCCCAAGACUCAGCUGGUCAUGGAUAGUUUAUAAUUUGAUUCUAAACCAGACACAGCCCAUUAUAGUUUGACCUCUCAUUUAACCCCACUCACUGUCUCUAAUGCAAGUAGUAAUGAUGAAGCCAUGACCCACUAGUCCAACGUCAUGACAUGUUACCAUAACCCAAUGCUGAACUUCGUAUUUCACACAGAGCUGUGACGAUAGAGACCCACUCUCCUCUCAGCUCUGUGACCAUUAGUCCUUGCCUGGAGAAAGAGAGAGCACAUUAUCAGUGCUCUGACCAUGGUUAUACAUCACAGAGAUAAACUGCACUACAAAAACAGGCUGAUUUCAUUUGUAACAUGUUGUCUCCCCAACUGUACUGAGCAAACACUUAACUGUGAGGGACACAGAAGCAAAAUGGCCACAGAUGGGGAGAUGUGACAUGAAGACACUGUGAAGCAAAGAGAACUGUUUCUAUUUAUCUAUCUGGGUUCAACACUGACAGUAAAAGACGCUGUCACCAGCAGACCAUCAGUAAACCAGACUUACAAGUUGUGAACAGGAGCCUAUUUCUAAAACGACCACGGAAUUCAACACCCUAGCAACCAGACAGGACAACCUCCUGUCUCCAUGACAACCAGAGGCUGGUGUUACCAGUCUCUUGUCUUUUUCUAUUAAAACGGAAUCUAAGACGGUUAAUGCUAGCAGACAGUAGCAAAAGUUGCUUUGAAAAGAGACUAACUCCUAAGCAAAGGAUAAGGGCAGCCCUGGAGACGGAGCUAUAAUCCUAACUGAACUGGGAUUAGAGCAAAGCAAAACUAAAAGGAGUCUAAAGGGGAAGUAGCACUAUUAGAACAGAUGAGAAGAGACUGACUCAUCUAAUGGAUAAACUGCUCCUUCCCAUCCUGUGGAUAAGAGAGGAGGGCAAGAAGACGGAGACAACCCCUAACUGAACUGGAAAUAGAGUAAGGGAGUCAUCAAGAGAAAAGAUGAGAUCUUACAAUCCUAAUGCAGCCAAUCAGAGCCUGUCUAACCUGAAAUCAACUACUGAGAGAGGUUGGCCCUCCCUCUACAUAAUGAAUCAGAUCAGACAGAAUAUGGCCUUGAGGGAAGAUGUUCCUGAUCCUUGCGAAUUAAGAUGGAUUCUGAUGAGAAAGACGCUGAAUGGAUACAGAGGACUCUGAUGGACUAACAAAGAAAAAGACUUUGACAAACAGAGAAAGCUCUGGCACUAAAGCACAUUUUACAGAAACACUACCUGUCUACCCACUGAGAGAUGGACUGACACAGAGAUAGGCGGAAAGGUUGGAAAGGAAGUGACAGGAUGAGUGAGGGACAGAAAAGAUGACAGGUACACACGCCAACAAAAAUCUGGAAAGACAGAGAGCAGACAGGUGGUAUCAAGUCCAACAGUUAGACACAUAAGGAAAUCGUCAGGUUCAAGAAAGACAAACAGGGUCUUAAGACUGUUGCAGACUCCACCGUCCAGUGUCGCCACUUCACAGACAGACAGAGUUUAAACACAGAUUAACAGGCUUAUAGAGGAACGGACACAGAGACAGGCUGACAGACAGGAGGCACAGACAGACAUAAAUUGAUAGACAGGCUUAAAGAAAGACAAACAGGGUUGUAGCCCUAUGAUUGUGGACACAGCUCCACUGUAAUUCUGCACUCUGCGAGUGCUUAUCUUCUUUCUUUGUUAUUGCUGCAGAAUCUUCUGAUCUGUAAAUCUAUUGCAUAUAUAUUCGGGAGCAUUCACCACCUAUAUUUUUGUGCUAUAUAUUUACCACAGGGGAGGGGCUGAAGGGGAAAGAUGGAUUAUAGCAGAGAGUUUUUAGAAAAAAAAAAGAGAAAGAAAUAUCAGAAUAAAAGAUAUUACAACUAUGUGCUGUCCACAGAAGUCACAAAAAGUAUUUUGGUUGCUUUGUAACAUGGAAUUGGUUUCAUUUUAAUUUCUUGUGUAAUGUGAAGUUCCUCACACCAUCACUGUCUUUCCCACUGAGGCAAUCAUGACUGUCGGUGGUAUUGCUGUUGUCAUUAUUGUUGAGAUGCAAGGUUUGCCAGCAACAAUCAUGCCGUUUAAAGUUGAUGUCUCUUUACACAUUUACCACAGAUGGCAGAUUUCUGAGCCAUUGUCAGAUAGAGUUUGUGCUACGGUUGCCAUUUUUAUGCUUCUUCACUAGAGCUGUUGGCCACUACAGAUACAUAACAGCAUGCAUCAUUAUAGUCACCAUUGUGACACAGACAGAUUUUAAUGAUCAGCUGGAAUAACGGCAACAUUUUCUAACCUAACUGACUGAAGUAACAUGAGGCCACAGAUAUUUGCACAUGAAAACUCUGUUAUUUUUUAUCUACAGUUCAGAGAUGUCAACAGUCUCAGUGUUGUACGGCAACACAGAAGCUCUUCAUGGAACCUACCCGUUUGAUUACACAUGGCCAGACUCUUAUCUAGUUCUGACUCUGGUUAAAGUUAAUGAUCCCAUCGGCAAACACACAACUGUGGUAAAAGUAAUAUUAAUAAUAAUAAUGGUGAUAUUUGCUGGUGAACUGCACAACAUGUAGUUUGUGGAUUGUGACCCAUUUACAUGUUUCAGCCCACACUGAAAAUUUGUGUUGUACACUGACCUACUAGUUCAUGCUUGUAUUUUUUCGUCGUACAUUGAGGAGUCAAAAGAACAGAGAAUUCAUUUGUUUUGGGAAGAGUUUUGGCUUUUAGGAUGUUUUCAGUGGGUUUGUUUGUGAACUGUUACUAAAAUUCUGAUCUAAUUUACUUGCAAAACAUACCAGUUUUAACCUUGUUCAUAAAACCUCAAAGACAAGAUCUGUAAAUUUUAAAGUUCCAUCAUCACAACUUCACCCCCAGGUUAUAUAUCAUUGAAUCCUGAUUUUCAAGCGUCUUUCUGUGUCAUAGAUGUGUUCAGUCUCUCAAAUCAAUACUGAAAUAUCAGAGAUCAUAGGACUACAGGAGUUCUGUUUUAGGAGAUCUUUUAAGAUCUCAUUUGCUCUUGUACUGACACCCACAUCAAUUAUAAAUUGGCACACUCUGUUUACAAGCCUUUUAUUUCAGGUUUAAAAAGAAAAAAACUUGGUACUUGGUAAAGAUGGUACAUCUUUUGGCACUUAUAAAGUAUUGCAAACUUGUAUGUGGAGCAAGAACAGAUAGAUUUUAAUGAACUUCCCACAGUGUUUUGUGUGUGUGCAUCGCAUCUCAAAAGCUAAAAGGCCUUGACUGAGUCAGUUAUUUCAGAAACACUAGCUUUAAGUGAACUGACCAUGUGGGUGAGGAUCUUAAGAUUUCAAGGUGACAAUUGAGUAAAUUCAUACGCAUAACUGAGGCCACUGAGAUUUAAUAUCCCCCCCUUGCUUUUGCUUGUUUUUAUUUCAUAGAAAUAUAGCCUUAUAAUCUCAGCUCACUGUUCCUUGGCUGGUAGCCAUUUCUCAAACCUGAUCUGCCACCUAUUCUGAUAAAUUAAAAAAAAAAAAAAAAGCUUUUGUAUACCUGGCAACCUUUCCUGUAUUUAGCCCCCUGUCAGCCACUAGAGGCUGUUGUUGCACAUGUUGUUGGCCUUUUUGAUGGUCCCAUGUGCCAUCAAUGAACCACUGCUGAGAGAAAAGAAGAUGUUUGAUUUUUGUGUUAAACCACACAUAACAUCCAUACAGUAUACUACUUUCUUAUUAUAAGGGUUGGGCCUGAAAAUGCACCAGAUACAAUUAGUAUAAUAACCUGGUCCCUACAAGACAAGAAUACAGGUAUCAAAGAGCAUGAGACACUGUUUUUCUGCUUUGUGCCCAUUUGAAAAAAGUAUUUGUUUUGUUUUGAAGAUGCUGGUUUAAAGAGUGAGAGACUGAAUUUUAGUGAGCUUGGGCCCCACACAUGAUGAAUACCAGUGGUUUUUAAUGAGUCUGGGUGCCAGGGUGAGCGAAAGCAUCGACUUUGUUUUAAGAACCCCUGCUGUCGUGACCACAGGCACCGACUGCAACAAGCUGACAGAAUUCUCCUUUUAAAGUCAUUACUGAUUUAAAAGCAACGGUAGCUGCGGCCUCCUCGUUUAUCCGAUCUGCAACUGUCCUGCCCUGCAUUGCUAUGGUGACAUUGUUUCUUAUUACAGUUUGGAUUGAUUGUUGCUGCUGUUGUUGUUGUUAUUGCUGUUGUUGUUUUUUUUUUUUUUUUUUUGUUUUUUGUUUUGUUUUUUUCGGUAUGGAUCUGACGCAGUGCCUACCAAAAACCAUGGGACCCUCCCUGUCACCUACACACACACACACACACACACACACAAACACAACUUUCAAACACAUACAUGAAAAUACACACACAUACAUACAUAAGAACACGUACCUGCUCCAGCCCUCCCCUUCAUCAGAAGUCAUUUUUUUCUAAGCUUCAGUCUAUUUUGCCACAAGCUUUUCCUACUGACUGACCGCAAUAAGACCCAUGUGAUUUGAAAGACUUAAAGCCGUUCCUGCCUGGGGGACAUUGGAAAUAUUCACCAUUUGAAAAAAAAAAGAUGAAAUAUAGAAUAAAAAAGUGUUUUGUACAGAAAUAUAUUUUUAUGAUGAAAUUAUUUGUAAAAUGUAUGAAUCUAUUAUGUAAAUUUUCAAUGCAAUGUAAGAUUAAAAAAGGCUAAUUGCUUUUGUAAAAAAAAAAAAAAAAG